GUUAACGGCCGCGGAAAGCUGCUCCGUUUUUACAAACAUAGGUGCAACAUGUCAACCGUUCUCACUGUUACCGGGGUGAAGCCUCGGCAACCCCUGUCAUACGCCGAUCAAAGGCGCCAGAAAUUAGAAGAGUAUCUGCAGAGAAAGAAGUCUGCUAACAACGUGGCGAUCCGAGCUAGGAGCCGUUUGGAAAACAGGGUGUAUUUGAGAGACAAGACAAACGUUGAGAAACUUCAGGCUUCUACAUGGCAGAAAGAGGCAAUGGUGUCCAGAGGGAAGAAGAUUGAAACAAAAAAAAAUAUUCAAAAUAAGCCACUGCAAAACAGAACCAUAUCCCAAUUCUCUACUCAAUCUGAAUCCACAUUGUUGAAAAUGGAAAGCCCAUUUGUGAAUAAUAAUUCAGCCACUAGGGAAACAGCAAUGCCUACACAGCAAAUCACUCCACCUGAGAAACAGCUAUUAGCUGCCCAAGAGAACAAUUUGAAAGUAGAACAAACAUUGAAAGGAAAUGCCAAUGUAGCUGUUAACAAAAGCAUAUCUGCCCAACAAAGCACAGAAUCAAAGAUGCUACCUUUUGGCCAAAAGUACAAUUCUGAUGUAGAUCAAAAAUCAAAAAGUCAACCAAAAGCCCAGAAGGUCACACUCAGCCAGUCCUUUCUUGCAGUCAAAAAUGAGCGGGCCAAAUUAAUGAUCGCUGAAAAGAACAAUCAAUCGAAGCUGCCUAAUACUACUUUUAGCAAGCCAGUAUUAGGCUCAUUUCGUGGUAAGAUUGUAGAAUCUAAAAUCCAGUCCUUUAGAUUAGGUUCUCAGCAAAAGGAGAGGAAACAGGAGAAAACUGAUCUAGUAACACAUGCCUCUGCAGAAAUGCACAAUAAAGAACCCAGAGGCAUAAUGCACAAGCCUAGACCGAAGGGAGUGGAAAACAUGCAUCCUCUUAGGAGGACAAUGAAUGUCACGUCCCAGAGUAAACAAAAGAGUUUGACUGCAGCAACUGGCCUCCACACUACAAGCAGCCAGAAACCACUUGUAACUGAUGUGCUAAAUAUAAAAAUAGAUUUUACACAAUCAGGCCAUGGUGACACUGCAAUAGUAGCAACUCAGACAAUCAGUACAAAAAAAACUACUGUGCCAUUCCAAAACACCUCCAACAGUGUAUCUGCAAGACAUCCAUCAUGGAAUUUUUCAAAAGUCGUUGGUAACCUAAAACCUCUAAAACAGAAAGUGCCUGUUGAAGUGAAGAGUGGAACACAGCUAACACAAUCAAUGGCAUCAAAAGGGAAAUUAGUAAAAAGACCAACAACGACAUCAUUGCAAAGAAAGAAAGUUGUGGAAGAACCAGUGGAAUCGCGUUGGACAACAAUUGUUGAGGAGGAGAAUCAGAGCGAACUUGUGGAAAAAAUUAACAAGACUCUUUCUGAAUAUCUGAAGCAGAUUAAUGAGGGUUGUCCAAGUGAAGAUUGUUUGCAAUCUCUUCAAACUUUCAUUGAGAGUGUUCCAAAAGCCAAGAAGUUUGCAAGAUACUGGAUCUGUCUUGCACAGCUUGAACAACGCAAAGGAUCUGUCCACGAUGUCAUGACUAUUUAUGAACAAGCCAUCAAGAUAGGGGCACAGCCUGCAAAUGAAUUACGCAAUACACUUGUAGAUAUUUUGAAAAACACCAAGACUCCCAAAAAAACUCAUGUGGCAAUGAACAAAACUGAAGAUGGAGCACAGAAAGAUCCAAAGCUGGAACUGUGUUGUGUCACUGAACAGAGUGUUCCUGAAGGAAAAAAAGUGGAGCUGGCAGAUAUUGAGGAGAGGCCUUCUAUAGAGGAAAAUAUGGGCUGCACAAAUGACAGACAAGAUCUCCCUCUAGAGAACCAUGAAAUGUGUAUUGCUGCAACUGAUGAUCACAGUGUUUCCAGAGAAAAUGAUGGAGACCCCUUGUUUAUUAAACAGCAAGUUUCCUGUGAUGGAAAAGCAGACCUUGCAGCAGGUGAACAGCAACUUUAUGCAAGGGAAGUGCAGACCACAAUGAAAGAACUGCAUUCUCCUUCUAUGGAACAAGUGGUAAAUGAAGCUGAUGAUGAAGAGGAUUGUGGAGUGGAAGAUGUAACAGUUGACAACAUGAAGACCCCAUUGAAGCAAAUUCUGACACCAAGUAAAAUAGAAAAUAGAGGAUCAUCUGUUAAGUAUAGUGUGAGAGCAACCCCUAGAAUUAAAUGUGACAAAAAUGUGACUCCGUUGGAAAACAGAAACUCUGCAAUCAACGUACUGAAAUUUCUGACGCCUGUGCGUCGUUCACAACGCAUUGAAAAGUCAUCUUCCCAAAUGCCAUUAAUGUUGCAGGACCAUGAUCCCUGUGUGUCUUCACUGGAGGAUCUAAAAAAAUUGGGAGAAGUAUCUACUGCCUACUCAUUCAGGAUGAAUCAUGCACUACAAGAAUGAACUGAUAUUUUCAAAUGAAUAUGGAUUAUCUGUUAACAUUUUAAUUAAAUGCACCUUGUGUCCCAAAGCAUCAUUUAGUCCAAAUGCAGUGCACUCUCCUUCUGCAUAAUUGUUUCCUAGCCAUUUCUAAAUAGUUAAUAUUCUGCAUUUUAUACUGCCUUUAACAAAAGUGUAGAAAAUUUAGUGUUUAAGGCUAGAGUUAUUUUAAAGUACUUUAAUGCUCUGCACUAUGACAAAGACCUAGAAAAUUGAUGGAUGAAAAUGAGCGUGGUUUGAAAACUCGCAAGUCUGGUUUCUUCCAAGUCUGUUGGAAUUGAAUACUAUGCCUAUUCUUGUCUUCUAGUUGAAGAAAUUCUAACUUCUUGAUCCAGUAUUUUAAGAAAAAAAAAUCCUUUUUUAAUAAAGCAAAGUGCAGUAGGUGCUAAUUCUGAAGUAAAAACAAAUAAGACUUGCUAAGCAUCAUCUGUGCACAGAGAGAAAUGGUUAAUGUUUCAGGCCACUGGGUUUUUGUCAGAACUGGGAAAUGUUAGAGAUGUAAUCAAUUAUUUGAGCAGUGGGUGAAUAGGAAAUAUUGUUUUCUUUCUUUGCUUGUUUAAGUUUUCCUUCUUUCAUUUAGCAGCAUAACUGGUCCAGGCACAUCUUGUUUUAUUUCUUGCCUCAUCUGCACUCCCUCUGGACCUAGAAGAAUAACGUUUUUGGUCCUUCAUUCUCUCCUGUCUUCCAUUCUUUUACUAGAGAUAGUAGGAACUGCAGAUGCUAGAGAAUCCAAGACAAAAAGGUGCAGAGCUGGAUGAACACAGCAGGCCGAGCAG